AGUUUCAGAUACACGGUUAUGAACUUGUGACCCAAAAGAAUAUCAAACAAUGCCACAUUUGCAGCUAUAGAAAAUCAGAACGAUUUUUUGUAACAGUGGCGUGCACUUGAGAUUGCUACCCUACUGCUUGUUUACAGAGAUUUCCGGUGCAGUCACUAUCGCACGUCGACAUGUUGACAUUUCCCUAAUGCACGGAAAGUGGUAAGCAAAUGUUGCAGCUGCUGAGUAACUGAUUUGUUAGCCACGUUCAGCCUGUUUGGCUUUAAUAACACUCCAGACUGUCGUCUGCGCCCUCCACAAGAGAGUUCGACCUGCUUUCCGACAUUCCAUGCAGCUUCCAGCCUUCCGAAACGUGGCGAUAUGACUAACCGACAUUAAUAUUGUGGUUACUGUAGUUAACGGUUAACAUCAGGCGCAACAUCAUUGAUGGUCAGCUGGACGCGAUGCGAUGCACUACCGUAUCGUGUAUGCUCAGAUCCAACAUCUCUGGAAUUAUACGGCGCAACCACUGAUGCGCUAAUUGUCAGUGUAGCUGAUUAUCCGCCCUACAGCUAUGAAUCGCCUCCAGGGUCGCUGUGCUUCUGCGGACUGACCAUUUCUCUGCUCUCUCACAUUUCUGGUCUCCUUGAUCUAAAGUUCGUUCUAGUUCCUGAACGCAGCCCACUCUUCAACACGUCGAAAGAUGGUCCGCCGUUCGACAUCAGCAACCAACGCGCUAACGUCAGCGUAUGUCCGUUAGGUAUUACGCCGGCGCGCUUGGCGGACUGGGAUCUGGUGUCCGUCUACACGGUGCGCACUUACCAGGUGGCCAUCCAUAAAUCGUUGCUCAUCGAAGGCGGCACAGAGUCACUCCUGCACGGUAUUGCCGACAGUUUUGAUGAGUACAGCUGGAUCGGUAUCACCGCGGUGUCGUUGUGGAUUUUGGUUAUUUUCUGGGCCAGCAAUGUCUUGCUCUUCCGCUUGCAACGGCGACCUGAUCAGUUGCAUAGCCCGUCGGUGUGGAAAGCUUUUGGAAAAACGUAUUGGGAAGUUUUUUACAGCGUCAUCAGCCAAGCUGAUAUCAUCAGAUCCAAAUACGUAGCGGCGUACAACAUUGUCGUCCUGGUAUGGUUGUCGUGGGCACUGAUUAUUUUCUACACCAUAAUUACCGCAUCGUUGGCAGCCACGCUCAGCAUUAACCCGACAACACUGCCUUUCGACAGUCCCGAGUCUUUUCUGCAGUCCGACUAUAUCUUGGUAUCACGUCCGAUGGAUUCAUUUCAAAGAGACGCCGUACAGAAAUUCACCUCCAAGGUUGUCAUACACGAAACCAACAAUUCUGAUGCAUACUUGUAUGACCUCGCCGCCGACACCAGCCGGCAGAAAGUGGCGGUUACCUGUAUUUUUGUGGAUAGUUCGGGAUGCAGCGAUCGAGGAUUGGUGCCGGCUUUCGAUUUGGGGAUUAAACGAUGGGUGUCAUUGAUACAAAUGCGGAAGAAUACCUCGAUAGUUCCUGGUUUUAAUUCAAGAAUAUUGCGCCUGAUGCAAUGUGGUGUUCCGCAGCAUCUGAUGGAGUUACAUCGAGUGACCUCUUACCACGAUAAAGAAGCGGCGAUUAAACCUACGAAAAGGAACAAGGGACGCAAACGAGGUCGCGUAUGUUAUAACUAACACUAGGCUGCACCGAGUCUUUUACUGCGUUGCUGCUCUACUGUUGUUGUCCCUUGUACUCUUUUUGUACGAAAUGCGAAAUUGUUCAUCAUGUUUAUCAUGUUCUUGCUGGACACUGUUUUUCCUUUUACGGACCACGUAACCUUCUUUCAGUUCAUUCAGCAAGCGGGAGUGUUGUACGACUCAGAGUAAUG